AUGAGCUGGGCAAGCCACGCUAGCAUCUCCGUCCAUGUGUACGUGCUUGGUCAGCAUCGGGCGUUGACCGGUAAAUUAAUUUACAUUGUUGAGAACAUCAAUGUUGAUGCCAUUGAAACAACCUUAUGGUCAAUUGAAUGGGGCAUUGCUGAGCUUGUUAACCAUCCUGAGAUCCAGCAGAAGCUCCGCGACGAGAUCGACACCGUACUAGGACAUGGUGUGCAGGUUACCGAACCCGACACACAUAAGCUUCCUUAUCUGCAAGCGGUGAUCAAGGAGACUCUCAGGCUCCGAAUGGCCAUCCCUCUAUUGGUUCCACACAUGAACCUCCACGAUGAGAAGCUCAGGGGGUACGACAUCCCCGCGGAGAGCAAGAUCCUCGUGAACGCGUGGUGGUUAGCCAGUAAUCCUGCACACUGGAAGAACCUUGAAGAGUUCAGGCCCGAGAGGUUCUUUCGAGGAGGAAUCGAAGGCCGAAGCAAAUGGGAACGACUUCAGGUAUCUUCCAUUCGGUUUCGGAGGGAGCUGCCCGGGGAUUAUUAUCGCACUGCCGAUCCUAGUUAUCACGUUGGGACAGUUGAAGCUCCUGAUCCUAGAGAUCACGUUGGGACAGUCGAAGCUCGACACGACCGAGAAAGGAGGACAGUUCAGCUUGCACAUUCUGAAGCAUUCAACUAUUGUUGCAAAGCCACUGGUGUUUUGAUGGAGGUGGUGUUCUUUGAAAAUCUGGAUUUGAUGAACUUGAAUACUGCUUUGCUGGGUAAAAAUUUGUAAGAUGGAUGCAUGCUUGCAUUGUUUGAUAAAAUCAUUGUCUUAAUUAAGCUUUUGACAUAUAUUUUGUUAAUAGUAUCUUAGUCUUUUUAUGUACGGAAACAGAGGCCGAUCAUGGUCCGUUCAACUCUCAAUAAGAAUUAGGCUUACUUUAU